AUGGAUCGCCGCAACCGGCCAACGGCCCUGGCCACGCCCACGGCCCUGCCACCGCAGCCGCGCGUCGACGUCGUGGGCGACCGGGUCAGCGCCGUGCUGCCGUCGGGUGAAUCGGUCGAGGUGUCGCUCUUUGGUGCCACCGUGCUCUCAUGGCGCGAUGCGCUCGGUGCCGACCGGCUCUGGCUCAGCGAAGCCGCCGUCCUCGACGGAUCCAAGGCUGUGCGCGGUGGCAUCCCCGUCGUCUUCCCCGUCUUCGGCGUCGCCCCGGCCGACACUGCCGCCGCCAAGCUGCCGCAACACGGCCUCGCUCGCACGUCCCGCUGGGACUUUCUGGGCAAGUCUACGUCCGAGGCCACGUCGGCUCGCCGCGUGACGGCGCCGCCACCUGGCCCUUCGUCUGCCGCCAAGAAGAUGCCUCUGUCCGCCGAAGGUGUCCAGCUCGACUUUGGCCUCUCGGCCGCCUCGGCUGAUCCGGCUCUGCGUACCCUCUGGCCCUACGACUUUGGCCUCAUGUACACGGUCACGCUCGAGCCCGACCGGCUGUCGACCAGCAUCGUGGUGACCAAUGAUGGUGACCGGCCGUUUGACUUUCAGGUCCUGCUGCACACGUAUCUGCGCGUUUCGGAUAUCUCCAAGGUCGAGGUCGCCGGCCUCACCGGCUCGCCCUAUCUCGACAAAGUCGGCGGUGUCCAGGCCAAGACCGAGGCUGCCGCCACUGUCGCCUUUGUCGGCGAGACCGAUCGUGUCUAUUCGCCUGCCGACGGCGCCUCCGCUCCGGUCGAGGUGCUCGAGGCCGGUGCUCCCCGCUUCUCCGUCGCCCGCGACAACCUCGCCGACGUCGUCGUUUGGAAUCCCUGGACCGACAAGGCCGGCGGGCUAGCCGACUUCGCCCCCAAGUCGGGCUACCAGAACAUGCUCUGCGUCGAGCCGGGUGCCGUGACGGGGUGGCAGACCCUAGAGCCAGGUGAAGCCUUUGAGGGCGCACAGUCGAUAACGGCACAUUGA